AUGCUGGCGGAGGUGAAACGACGCUUUCCAGACCAGCGGCGAGGCCUUUCGUCGACAGAGGCGCUGCCAUUUGAGGUGGAUACGUACUUAGCCAAGUUGCAAUGCUUCUACAGUCUGCUGACAGUGCUACCCAACCUCGCUGCCGUGCUGUCUGUCUUGGCUUGA